UUAUAUUAAAUUAUAAUAUUUUUAUUCUUAUUAAAACUUCCUUAUAAUUAAAAAAAAUAUGAUUUUUAUAACUGUUUUAUCAAUUUUAUUUUUUAAUUCCAAAACGGUAGAAUCUGUUGACUAUGAACGACAUUGUAAUUUUUCAAGAUACAUGUUGAAUUAUUUUAAACUUAAUGAGCAGUAUUUGUUACAAAUGUAUAAAAAUGUUGAAUUGUAUACCGAAGAAGAUUUAAAGAAAUAUGGGCAAGCUAUUCAAACUCAUGCCGAUGUCGUAUUAUUGAUGAUUCAAGAUCUACAUAAUACUUAUGAAAAUAUUGACGUAAAUGACUUGAUGACGGUAAAUUUAUAUUUAAACAAUAAUUCUGGUUCGAUAAAUGUUAUGUAUAAAUAUCAGGAAGAUAAUGAUGUUGAUAACAACAAAGUGUUUCUUGGUAUACAAGGUUUAAAAUUACAAAAUUACUCUAUGAUGACAGUAUUAAAUCGUUUUAUUAAUUCUUUUUGUUUGAAUGAAACAAUAUCGGAAUUCGUCGACUAUCCUAAUAAGAAUAAAUCUCUCCGAUUAAAUAUUUAUAAAUUAGAAUCAGUUAUGAAACGUUUAAGAGAAAAAAUAAUUAGGGAAAUAAAUCCUGAAAUAGUUGAAAAAAAUAAUUUAAAAAUGUUUCACCCUAGUAAUAUGUUAUUUUAUAGCAUAAUGUUAAACCAGUCAAAUAAAAAUUUAGCUAAAGGUACUGAAUCAAGACAACAUCAAGAAUUUGUUGAUGGUAAACCAAAAUUCAUGUUAGAUCUUCUUCGAUUUGCUCCUCUUAGUUUACAAUGUGCUGACAAAACUGACUUGACUAUAACUGAUGUAUUUCGUUAUGUGAAGUAUCAAUAUUUAUACGUUGAUGUAACAUCAUUCCAAAAACUUUUACUUGCUGCUACUUUUCAUCCUGUUGGAAUGCUUAUAGCUAACUACAUACAUUUUGUACGUGAAAUGGUUCAAAUUGGUCUGAACCCUAAAAAUUACAUACAGAAUGACAAAUUAUGUAUAAAAAUAUUAGGUGAAAAAAUUAAAAAAAUUAUACAAAAUUUCAUUGAUUUAAAUAUUUUUAUUGAAUCUUCAUAUAGUUUUCUUCAAUCUAUUAUUCAUAAAUUCUAUACAAUUUUGUCUUGGGUUCGUGGCAUACAACUUAAAGAUGUAGAUUUACCGAAUAUAAUCUUGAAAGAGUUAGAAUUAUUUAUGAAUAAUAAUUUCUUAAAGUUUAGUAUAGAAUUAAAAACAAUUGUUACGGAUAAAAAUGUAAUGCAUAUACAUGACACAAUAUUAGAAAAAGGAGAUGAAGUUGAAUCAUAUCUUCAAGAACUCGGAAAAUAUACAAAUUCGUUUGAAUUUAUUUAUAUCAUACAAUCUUUAGAAAGAAUUGCGGUUAAUGACAACAAAUUGUUCUUAUUACCAGAUUUAAUUAAUCAUUUAUGCGCAGAUAAUCCGAUAGAUUAUUUUAACACUACUAACGAUAACAGUGAUGAAUUUAAUGUUUACGACCUGGGCAAUAAUGAUGGUUUGGAUCAAUUUAAAACUGAAAAUUUUGAAAAUUUCAAAAAUACUGUUUUCAAAAGAAAGAAAAGUUUGAACCCAUUAGUUGAUAUGAAGGAUUUACCAAAACAUAUGAUGGAUUAUUUUAUUUGUCCUAUAUAGACAAUUAUAAUUUUAUAAUAAUAAAGGACCAGUAUAAUACCUUGCGAUAA